CUUGAAUGCGAAUGAUUGAAACAGCUGUAAAGUUAAGCUUGAAGGACAGUUUGUUUUGCAACAAUGUGCUAGUUCUUGUUUUUUAGAGUGGAAAAUAUGAUCAAGACAUUGUCUUAGCCUUGCAUAUUAUACGUUUUUCAAAUGCAGACGGUAUCUCCCUAAAAUAUCGAAAGCGCGAUUAUUAUAAUUUUUUCCUUUGUUGUGUAACAAAGGAAAUUCUAAGAGUUGCUACUACUAUAUCUGUAAUAAUGCAGCAUUCACCUUGGCCUCUAAGAAGAGGAACAUCCCCUGUGGAUUGGUGUGAAGGAAACUACUUAAUAUCACCUGUUAUUGCUGAAUUUGUCAACACUGUUAGCAAUGUUCUAUUUUUCAUCUACCCACCACUGCUGACUGGUCUAUUUAGAGAAUAUGCUGUAUGCGUAAACCGUGGAGUUUAUUUAAUUUGGGGCUUAUUGUUAACAGUUGGUCUGACUUCAGCUUACUUUCAUGCAACUCUCAGUCUUGUUGGACAAUUGUUAGAUGAAGUGGCUAUUUUAUGGCUUUUGAUGGCUGCUUUUGCAAUGUGGUUACCAAGACGUUAUUUUGCAUUUGGGGUGCAUGACAGAAAAACAUUUCAAAUUUUGAUGCUUGGAGUAUGUAGUGCUGCUACUUUAAUGGCUUGUCUUCAUCCUAUAUUAAAUGCUUUUGUAUUAAUGGGACUGGGAAUACCUGCUACAGCAUUGCUAAUAAUUGAAAUUAAAAGGUGCAGAAACAUGCGAGUUGUUAAACUUGGAUAUCGAUGUGCUUGGGUGUGGAUGGCUGCGUUAAUGUGCUGGAUCAAUGAUCGGCUCUUUUGCGAAAUUUGGUCAAAAUUGAACUUUCCUUACUUGCAUGGUGCAUGGCAUAUCUUAAUAGCUAUUGCUGCUUACUCUGCCUGUGUUUUGUUUGCUUAUUUUGAUGCUUGUGAAUCGGUACCAGAGCAGCUUCCUGUGAUGAAAUUCUGGCCAUCAGACAGAUUUGAACUAGGAGUUCCCUAUAUUGUUCUUCGAAAUGCUCGCAAAGAUUUUGAAAAGAUCUGACUUUCCACUUUUUUACUUAUGUUUUAAUGGCAGUCUUUCAUACCUUCUCAGCUUUUAUUCACUUUUAAUUGACAUACAUUUUUUUAAACGUAAAUUGGAAUUUCAGUAGUAUUUAUGAACUCAAGACUGUAGAGCUUAUUGUUAUUUACACUUAAAAACCAGGAAACCUGAUAAGUUAUGGAAGCAUGUAUCUGAUCUAUAUAAAAUACCAUCUGGUAUGGUAUUUUGACAAAGUAGCUGACAGGUUCAGCUUUGUUGCUCAUUUACAUAACGAGUAUUUACUAAAAAGAUGAACUGUGCCACAAUGCUUUUAUUGUUUUGUUUAUAUAUAUGUAACUAUGUUAUACUGUAAUUUUUUUUUUUUUUCACCAACAGUGACUGUAAUUAACAUUGCUUCGCAAUUGCUUUAACUACUGUUUUUGCUGACAUGUAUAUUUGUAUUGUAACGUAUUUGUAUAGAAACUAUCUUUGGGUACCA